AUGCGAAACAUUCCUCCCGAUGUCUUGUUAUCGUGGCCCACGCCCAACUACCAGGAUCCUGCGACGCGGGGGAAUGCGCUGAUAAUCGUGAAUGCAGUUUUCAUCUCCUUGGUCAUGCUAGUCGUGUCGUUAAGGAUAUACACACGCCUGGCUAUCAAGAGAUGGUUUGGAUCUGACGACGUUUUUAUCAUGCUAGCGCUGAUAUUUUCGAUCGCCCUUACAGUGAUCGUUAUAUUAGCCAACCAAGUGUAUGGCUGGAACAGGCAUAUAUACGACGUUCCCUUCACUAAAAUCGCCGCAACAUUACAAAUCGCAAUGGCCGCAAAAGUAAUCUUUACAGCGGCGGCAACCUUCACUCGGCUCUCCCUCCUCUGUUUUUACUACCGGCUAGUCCACGACUCUAGCAAGAAGAUUUUUACCUGGGCUGUUCAUGCCAACGUUGCUUUCCAAGUUGCUAUUUUCAUCAGCUUCGUGUGCCUUAGUAUAUUCCAAUGUAACCCUGUGCGCAACUACUGGAUCUUUGGGGCGCCUGCGAAUACAUGUUUAGACGAAGGGAAAGUAACGCUGGCUGCAGGAAUAAUCAAUUGUGUCGCGGAUGUCUUCUGCACCCUGCUGCCUAUCCCCAUGGUCAUAAGUCUACAAAUGCCACGGAGACAGCGCAUGGCUGUAAUAGUGCUUUUCAGCCUUGGGUUCAUCGUUACCGUCGCUGGUAUUGUUAGGACAUGGUACAUCUACAAGAGUUUAAUUGCUGAGUACGAUGAAACUUGGUAUGCAUUUCCACUUUGGAUAGCUGCCGCAGUAGAGAUAGAUUUGGGUGUAAUCUGCGCAUCAGCCCCUGUGCUUCGACCUCUACUUUCCAAGUUACCCUGGUCCUUAUCCAUCACAUCAUCCAGGUUUUCAAGAAGGACCUCUGUGUCAGGGAACUUCAUACCGAGAAAUUCCUCAAACAAAUACCGCUCUGGAACCACCCUUCAAGGGAAUUUGACCGAACGAAAAGGAGAGCAUGAAUAUGAAUUGAGGCAAUGGGAUGACGUCGAGCGGGGUGUCAGGAACGACGAGGACAGCGUUGGAGAGAGCCAGGUGGCUAUAUGGAGCAACGUGGACGGGGACCAGGACCGUUCAAGAGGGUUUAGGAUAAACCAAACUGCGCCGCUUGAUCCCGAGGCUUCCGACUUACAUCUUGAGACUGUGAGCAUACGAAGUUUGGAUGCUGUAGGCAUAGCGCGAUAA